GUGCCGGGCACCAGCCACAGCAUCUCUAACCGAACAUUAUAUCAAUGCGCCGACAAUAGACGGCGGUCGUCACUCGGUCACUCUCCACCUCAGCCUCUUCUUCUCCCCUCCUGCUCGUCUCGCGGCUCGAUUCCAGCCUCACCCCCCCCACCCCCGUAUCACUCGCGUGGAUGUUGCCCGCGGAGGGCCGGCACCGGGCCGAUUACCGGCCGGCUGUGUUCGUGGGCGCGGGCCGGCGGCCAGCCUGCGGGAACUGGUUGCUGCGCGGAGGAAGCCGGCGGAGGUGGCGGCGGUGCUGCGUUGUUUGAGGGGCGAGACGGAACGAACGGAAAAGGAGCUCGAAGACGAUCGCGAGACCGAGAGUACGCACGGACAACGACGGCUCGAGGCCGAGACCGUCUGACAAGCAGUCCAGCCGCGAGGCCCGAGGCUUCCAACGGCAGCCACUCGAGCUCGAUCGCAAGGCUCGCGAGAGCAGCGGCUCCAAGUUGAGGCCGCGGAGUUAACCGUCAGCCGAGCGAGGCCGCCAUCAUCCGCUCCCUGUAACAACAGCAACACAGUGGCGGUGGCAGGGCCGGAGGGUCAGCCGAGAGCUGGGGGCGGUGCCAUGGGCCCGGCCGGCGAGUUCAUCCCGCCGCCCGAGUGCCCGGUGUUCGAGCCCACACCGGAGGAGUUCGCCGACCCCUUCAAAUUCAUCGACAAAAUCCGGCCCAUCGCCGAGAAGACGGGCAUCUGCAAGGUCCGCCCGCCGCAGGGUUGGCAGCCACCUUUUGCCUGCGAUGUUGAUAAGCUACAUUUUACCCCACGAAUUCAGAGACUGAAUGAACUUGAGGCUCAGACCAGAGUCAAACUCAACUUUUUGGACCAGAUAGCAAAAUUCUGGGAACUACAAGGUUCAACGUUAAAAAUUCCACAUGUGGAGAGGAAGAUUUUGGAUUUGUUUUUACUCAACAAGUUGGUUGCAGAAGAAGGUGGUUUUGAAAUGGUCUGUAAGGAGCGGCGCUGGUCCAAAAUAGCGCACAAAAUGCAAUAUCCACCUGGAAAGGCCUUGGGGUCACUACUUCGAUCUCAUUAUGAACGAAUUCUGUACCCCUAUAAUCUCUUUCAAUCUGGAGCCAGCUUAUUGUGUGUACAGAAGCCAAGUCUGAUUAAUGAUGAAAAAGAUCAAGAGUAUAAGCCACAUGAUAUAGUUCAGAGACAGUCAGUACAGUCCUCAGAAAUGGCUGUACCAGCACGCCGUGCAAAACGUAUGCGAUCAGAGGUAGGAGACAUAAAGACAGAGCCUAAUGAUAUCACUGAGGUUCCUGCUCAUGGCUUGCGACCUAAAACAAGGAGUGGAUCAAUGAAAUGUGAAAGUGAGAAGUACAGUAUGACUGGAGUGAAGAAGGAGGGAAGUGAGAUUCGUACCAGUGACCUAGAGCGAAGCAGCAGAACACUGCGGAACAGCAGAACUACUGUUCCCUCUAAUAUUGUGGACUUGUAUGUUUGCCUGAUCUGUGGACAAGGUAACGAAGAAGAUCGUCUUCUGCUCUGUGAUGGCUGUGAUGAUAGCUAUCACACUUUCUGUUUAAUUCCUCCCUUACAUGAUGUUCCCAAGGGUGAUUGGAGGUGUCCAAAAUGUCUGGCGCAGGAGUGCAGCAAACCUCAGGAAGCCUUUGGGUUUGAGCAGGCUCCGAGAGACUACACACUCCGUGCAUUUGGAGAAAUGGCAGAUGCUUUUAAGUCAGACUACUUCAAUAUGCCAGUUCAUAUGGUUCCAACGGAGCUGGUGGAGAAGGAGUUUUGGCGCUUAGUCAGUACCAUUGAAGAAGAUGUUACAGUGGAGUACGGAGCUGACAUCGCUUCGAAGGAAUUUGGUAGUGGCUUCCCCAUCAAAAAUGGCAAAAUUAAAUUGCGACCUGAUGAGCAGGAGUACCUGGAUUCGGGGUGGAAUUUAAACAAUAUGCCUGUGUUGGAGCCUUCAGUCCUGACACAUGUCAGUGCAGAUAUCUGUGGAAUGAAGUUACCUUGGCUCUACGUGGGAAUGUGCUUCUCUUCUUUCUGCUGGCACAUUGAGGAUCACUGGAGUUAUUCAAUCAAUUAUCUACACUGGGGAGAACCUAAGACAUGGUAUGGAGCACCAGCAUGCGUGGCAGAACAGCUGGAGAGUGUCAUGAAGAAGCUGGCGCCUGAGCUGUUUGAAUCCCAGCCUGACCUUCUGCAUCAGCUGGUCACCAUCAUGAAUCCUAACACACUGAUGGCUCACGGAGUGCCAGUUUAUCGAACUAAUCAGUGUGCGGGAGAGUUUGUCAUCACAUUCCCGAGAGCCUAUCACAGCGGCUUCAAUCAAGGGUUUAACUUCGCCGAAGCAGUGAACUUCUGCACAAUGGAUUGGCUGCCAAUGGGCCGUCAGUGUGUGGAACAUUAUCGUCUUCUGAACCGUUACUGUGUUUUCUCUCACGAUGAGAUGAUUUGUAAGAUGGCAUGCAAGUCCAAGGAUUUGGAUGUAGUUUUGGCAUCUGCUGUUUAUAAAGAUAUGAUCAUUAUGAUAGAUGAGGAGAAGAAAUUAAGGGAGGCAGUUCGCAAUAUGGGAGUAAUUGAUUCUGUGAGGGAGAAAUUUGAGUUAUUGCCGGAUGAUGAGCGACAGUGUGCAAAGUGCAAGACUACUUGCUUCUUGUCUGCAGUUUCAUGCCAUUGUAAAUCAAAUCAACUUGUUUGUCUGUACCACGUCACUGAACUCUGCUCGUGUCCACCACAUAAAUGUCAUCUCAGAUAUCGUUACACCUUGGAGGAUCUCUAUCCUCUUCUGAGUGAAUUGAAAUUACAUGUGGCAGUAUAUGAUGAAUGGUCUUCCAAAGUAACUGCUUGUCUGGAAGCUAAAGAUAAUGAAAAGAAAAGUAUCUCUGAUUUCAAAUCAUUGUUAAAGGAAGCAGAGAAGGAAAAAUUUCCAGAAAAUGAUUUAUUGAAACAGUUGCGGGAAGCUAUUGUUGAGGCAGAAAAGUGUGCCUCUGUUGCUCAGCAACUACUUAAUGAUAAACGGCAAACCAGGUACCGUUCUGGUGGAGGAAAAUCCCAAAAUCGUCUGACAUUUGAAGAACUUCAAGCAUUUGUUAAGCAACUCUAUGGCCUCCCCUGUAUCAUUGAUCAGGCUUCCUUACUAAAGGAACUUUUAAACUCUGUGGAAGAUUUUCAGCUACGCUCUGCAAAAGUUCUUGCUGACGAAGUACCCAAUACCUUUGAGCUGCAGCAACUGUUGGAUAUCAGUUUUGGGUUUGACAUUGAACUACCACAGAUCCAGUACCUUCGAGAGCACCUAGAGCAGGCCCGGUGGCUUGAUGAAGUUCAGUUAGCUUACUCUGCACCUGAGUCUUUUGCUUUGGAUGACAUGAGGCGGCUGAUUGACUCGGGGGUAGGACUAGCACCUCACCCAGCUGUAGAGAAGGCCAUGGCUCACCUUCAGGAGCUCCUCACAGUUUCUGAACACUGGGAGGAGAAAGCUCACAAUCUGCUGAAAUCUAGGCCACCGUACUCUUUGACAACUCUGUCCGCUGCCUUGGAAGAAGUGGAAAUAAUUCCUGCCUAUAUCCCCAGUGCUAUUACAUUGAAGGAGGCUGUAAAGAAGGCUGAAAUCUGGCUUCAGGAAGUGGAGAUUUUUCAGAGUUCUGACCAACCUCCCCCAUUCGAUACCCUGGUGGAACUUGUGUCACGAGGUCGUGUAUUCCCAAUACAUCUGGAUCCACUUUCUCAACUUGAGUCCUUGUUUGAAGAUGCUGAAAAUUGGAAAGAAAGUACAGCUAAAAUAUUUCUGACUAACUCUACCUGCUCCCUUUAUGAAGUGCUGUGUCCCAGGUCAGAUAUUUGUGCAACUGGACUGAAAAAGAGAUCCAAGAAAUCCAAAGAACAUUUUCAGAGUGGAAAAGGGAAAAGUCCAAAGCUGGAAAACGUGAGAUGUUUCAAUGAAGCCAGACUGAAAGAACUGGAAUCCUUUCGUUCCCUCCAAAUGUCAAACUCCAUGAAGUAUCUUUCCGAUACAGAUUGUUUAGAAGUGAAAGUGUGCAUUUGUCAGAAAGGUCCAUCUGGCUCCAUGCUGCAGUGUGAGCUUUGCAUGGACUGGUUUCAUAACAAUUGUGUCUCUGCAGCUGGUAAUUGCCACGGGGAGGAACCCUGGCUCUGCCCACUGUGUCUGCGCUCAGAAAAGCCGUCCUUGGAGAAAAUCCUCCCACUCCUCGCAAAGCUACAAGAGAUUCCAGUCAGACUGCCAGAGGGUGAAGCACUAAAUUAUGUUUUUGAGCAAGCUAUGAAUUGGCAGCAACGGGCAAAGCAGCUUCUCAGCACAAAUGAACUGCAUUUGGCCCCAAUCACCUCACAAGUAGCAACCCAGUGCUGGCCAGGUAUUACAAAACAAAUGGCCGCUAAUGAAUUAGAAAAGCGGGUGUCUGAAUGCAACUUGCAGGUGAAUUCUGGCAAAGAGGUUAAGUAUUUUACUGCAGUUUGUAAUAGGAAUCUUUCACAAAAAGAAGAGAAGAUAGGAGGUUCCAGACCUUCAUGGCAGAAGAACAUCCCAUCUCAAGGGCUGUACCUGCCUGCUGAUGUGAGAUCUCAACUUGAUGAACUGAUGAUGGAGGCUCUAUUAAUGCAGGUGACUCUACCUGAGAUGCAACACAUUUAUCAGCUUUUAUGGUUAACUCAGUCCCUUGCAGCAGAAGAUCUCCAGCAACAAUCUGAGCAACUGAACUAUGAACAACUUGAGGUUAUGCAGUGUCUUGCAGAAGUCUGUGAUACUUCAGCAGCUGAGGGUGAAAGUUGCUGUUUUAAUCCAGUGAAAACAGAAGAAAAUUGUGAGAGAAAGAAGAGACGGAUUGAAAAAGAUAAUUCAAUUGGUGAAAAGAGAGAAAAAUUGAAAAAAUUAAGUAACCCAAAAGAGCGAAGUCUGAAAUUAACCCAGAAAAGGUCAAAAAAUGUGAGCGUUGGAAGGAUGGAUGCAGAGCAUUGUUUUGAAUUUCUCCAUUCGAGUGAAGAACCAUUGGUGAUGAUGGAAUCUGCAUAUUCUGAGCCAGAGGACUCUGAAGAUGAGGAUGCAAUCUGCCCUGCAGAAAGUUGCCAGCAGCCAGAGGGGGAAGAGGUUGACUGGGUCCAGUGUGAUGGCAGCUGCAACCAGUGGUUCCACCAGAUCUGUGUUGGUGUGUCCUCAGAAACAGCUGAAAAGGAGGACUAUAUCUGCAUCAACUGUACUGUAAAAGACCAGGUCAACAGGAAUCAGAUCGGCCAAGGCUAGCCUUUGGCAGAAUGGUGGCAAUUCCAAAGGUCCACCAGAAGCAGCAGAUUUGAUAGCUCUACAACACACAUGGUGCUAUAAUCUCUACUCAUGGGAUCAUCUGUGAGGACUCUCAAACUUUUCCACCUUUGUAUCUUCUCAUUCUUGUAUGAACUUUUUGUCUGUUGUUGUGAAAAUUGUAUGAUGCUGACUACACCCCAGGGGUUUCUACCCAUUGCAAAAACAAUUGGUUCCUUUUGUAUAAUACCCUUAAUUCAGUUUGCAAUUUCGCUCCGUCUCAUCUCGGUCUCAUUGGGUCUUAACUCACAGUCACCAAAUACAAGUAUUUUUUUACAUAGGGCCCUCUGUUUAGUUCAUGCAUCUUUAUCUUAAAGAGAGAUUCUGAUUUGUUUUGAAGGUUAGUUUUAUUUAUCUCAGCAAUAACAAUUUUUGUGAGUUAAGAGGCCUGGUAUGGUUAAGAGAGUGUUAGUUAUUGUACAGAAUGAAGGUGUUUAGGUUCUUAGUGGCACGGGAUAUUAGAGAUAAACAACAGACAGAGGUCUGUAAACUUACUGCCUACGCUGUACUUUGGCUUUUUUUGGUAGCUUGUAUCUAAUGUUAAAGUCUCCUUUGUGAAAUAAACCUUUGGUUACAAAUAA